UUAUUUAUUUAUUUGUUUGUCUCCUGGUUAGACUGGAAGACCUGAUUUGUCUGGAAUGAUGUAAGCCGUCCUGCUUGAGCAGGGGGUUGGAGUAGAAGACCUCUUAAGGUCCCUCCCAGCUCUGAUACUCUAUAAAGAGGCUGACUCUCCAAUCAGCCAACAACUAUUUUAGCCUGUAACUUAAAUUUUAAGGUUUUUUUUGCUCAUGGAAUCGCUUCCUGCUUUUAAAAAUGAUGGACUUUUUUUUGGUGCCAGUUCGGUUUAUCGAUACUGAGUAAUAAAACAAACAAAAUCUUUGGUAGGACAUUUAUUUCCCGCAUUAUGUAAAGGUAAUGAUAGGAAACCCAUGCGAUAGGAACAUAAAUAAAAUAGGUGUCAUGAAAAACUAGGGUUUUUUUUAAUUAAAAUACGUGUCCUGAAAAAAAACCCUGUAUUUUUAUAAGAAAUAAAUAAUGAUGAGAAGGAGGAGGUUGUUUCACAUAUUUGCAAAUUGUCUUCAAUAGCUGAGAGAUUAUUUUGAUUUUGCAGACACCCAAAAAGCUUGUGGGGGGGGGAUUUUCAGGGGUCUUCAGAGCAGGUUGGAUGAGAAAGAAGUUGCUGGGCUGCACUCCCCCCCCUUCUCAUUUUCAAGGCUGAAAGCAAUACGGAUGCCGGAGGGCCCAGAGCUUUUUCUAGCCUCCAGAUACAUCAAUGCAGAGUGUGCAGGAAUUACGUUUACAGGGAAGGUGGAAAAAUCCGAAAUCAGCAAGAAUCUGGAGGUGCCUUUUGAGAGCGAUGGAUACCUGAUCUCGGCUGUCUCCCGGGGCAAAGAACUGAAACUCACCCUGUCUCCCCUCAAACGGGAGGGCUCGAAAGAGUGCCCUAUGGAUCUGGUCUUCCGUUUUGGCAUGACUGGGAAUUUCAAAAUGGUCCCAGUUUCCGACAUGCCCAAACAUGCCCACCUGCGUUUCUAUACCCAAGAGAAGCCACCCCGAGCUCUCUGCUACGUGGACAUCCGGCGUUUUGGCAAGUGGGAGGUGGACGGCACCUGGCAAGCAGACCGAGGGCCUUGCGUGAUGUUGGAGUAUGAACAAUUUAGGGACAACGUCCUGAGGAAUCUCUCCGACAAGGCCUUCAAUAAGCCCAUCUGUGAGGCUCUGCUCAACCAGAAGUUUUUCAAUGGAGUUGGCAACUACCUCCGGGCUGAAAUUCUUCACCGAUCAAAAAUCGCUCCCUUUGAGAAGGCACGAACCAUUCUGGAAGAUCUUCAGCGUGGGCUGCAGGUUUCUGGUGCAACCUUGAGCAAGAAAGUGAAAUUGAAACGAGAGAACCCCGAUUUGCUGGAGACCUGUCACCUGUUGCCCAUGGAAGCUGUGAAUCUAGGAGGUGGCAAGGGAUAUGACCCCACCAAUCGAGAAGGUGCUGCAGUCUUUGUAGAGUGGCUGCACUGUUACUCUGUUCCCGGCAUGAAAUCCCUGCGUGAUUCUAACGGAAGGACUAUCUGGUUCCAGGGAGACCCUGGACCUCUGGCUCCAAAAGAGAGGAAAUCUCAGAAAAAGAAGACAAAGCCUAAACCAGCCGUGCAGAGUUCAAAGGCCCCCAAGCCAAGGAGAAACUCAACCAGCAGUCCUGCUCAGAAAGAAGCUAAGGGAAGAAAGAAACGUAGACCGGAGAAUGGAGUUACACAAGAAAAGGAGGAGGACGGUAUGGUCAAGGGAGCCAGAGGACCCAAAACCAGAUCUCAGAGGUCAUCUUCUGAUUUGCAAGAGUCUUUGCUGCUAAGUACUCCAACUCCAGCACGGAAGAGGCGAACACCUGCUCAGAAAACCCAGAGUGAGAAGGGUAAGGUUGUGGCUUGUUGGCCGCUGGCCCCUCCAGCAGCCAAAUCAGAGGAGGUGUGGGAGUCAGGGUCAGCAUCAAGGUAACCUGAGAGCUCCGAGGGGGAAGAGGGAAUGGAACUGGCAGACAGACGGAGGCGGAGCCUAGGCCGUCCAUCAGCCCUCAGAUGGAGAGUCAACAGUCCCCAGGUCUGGAUUGGCUGAUGAGGAAGAGGAGGAACAGCUGGGUCCAGUGCCUGAUGCACGGAUGCGCAGAAGGCAGAGGAGAGGAGAGCAGUGGAAAUCUAUGGGCCGGUCCUUGGGACGGAAGAGCCACCGCUGCUAGCAAAGUCCCACCCUAGCUCUGGGGAUAAAAGGCAGGGGGCAGAGAUGAAUAGGUGUGGCAGACAAUUAUUCAUCUCCCUGCCAGACAGACUUGUUAGCCUGCAGUGAGAAAGAAACUUUUUUGCUGGGCUGCUGGUGCUCCUAAUAAAAGAAUCUUUGAGUUCACUUCAGAGGCUUUGUUGUGUUUGGGGAGCGGAGUCAGAACAGAUAAUCUAUCUGGGAUUUAUGGGGGCUACCCAGUGGUGAAAUCCAAAUUUAUUUACUACCGGUUCUGUGGGUGUGGCUUGGUGGGCAUGGCAGGGGAAGGAUGCUGCAAAAUCCCCAUUCCCUCCCCACUCCUGGGGGAAGGAUACUGCAAAAUUCCCAUUCCCUCCCCACUCCAGGGGAAGGAUACUGCAAAAUCCCCAUUCCCUCCCCACUCCUGGGGGAAGGAUACUGCAAAAUCUCCAUUCCCUCCCCACUCCUAGGGGAAGGAUACUACAAAAUCCCCAUUCCCACCGCACUCCAGGGGAAGGAUACUGCAAAAUCCCCGUUCCCUCCACACUCCUGGGGGAAGAAUACUGCAAAAUCCCCAUUCCUACCCCACUCUGGGGCCAGCCAGAGGUGGUAUUUGCCGGUUCUCCAAACUGCUCAAAAUUUCCGCUACCGGUUCUCCAGAACCUGUCAGAACCUGCUGAAUAGCACCCCUGGGGCUACCUAAAAUGUCUACCAAGUAGGUCAUCUGACUGUUAUUAAUUUUCUCUUUUUAGCAAAGGCAUCCGCAAUCUCGAGACCCAAACGGGUGAAGGCUUCCUAACCCUUCUCAACGCAGAAGGAUCUUUGCAGGAACUUCAGGUGGCUCUUCAUAAUCUAGCGGAGGAGAUAAAUGCAGCUUUGGGACCCAAGAUUACCGAUUGAAGAAUCCUCGUGAGCUUCAGGCAGAACGACGUCGUGCUCCAACGGAGGAGAUCAAUGCCGCUUUUUCUUCGAGAUUACUCAUUGAACUUCAGGCAGAACUUCCCGCUCCAACGGAGGAGAUAAACGCAGAGAUUGUGAUCCGAGAUUACCAGCCGAGAACGAUGUGAGGCAAUGUUUUUCCUGCUUCCUCGUUUACCAACUUUUAAACUUAGCGUUAUGCAGAUUUCUUGGAUAUUACUUAUGCCAUUUUUAAAAACCUGCACCUGGGGGGGGGGGGGGGAGAAAAAUGCCUUUGGUUUCACAUCAUCCUAAGUGGAACUGAAAAGAGUCCCGGCAGUUUGAAUAGUUGUCACCUCUCAAACUUCUUAUCGUGGAAAGGAAACCAGCAUAGCACGGGGGAACUUUCUCAAGAAAAGUUCCGGACAGCGAAUGGACGAGAUUUAAUCUUCCAACAAUUAAUCAAAUGCUUUGCCUUCCUUUUAUAGCAAUAUAUUUGUGUAUGUUUUUUUUUAAAAAAAAAACUGUUUUUAUAUACUAAUAAAAAAAAAUAUUCUGCUUUAAAA